GGAAAGAGAUUUCUUCAAGCCUGAAACAUUUUUUCAACACUCUGAAUCCCAUUUGUGAACUCAUCCCGAAAGAAUUCCAAUGGCAACUUUGCACAUUAGAUCGAACAGUCUGCCUUCCAAAUCCCAUCCUGUGCUGAAUAAUGUCGAAGAUCUUUUGUGUAGGCUGAAGUCUUCAGAAGAGACAUCGACAUCAGUAUGUGCAGAUUUGGCUAAUCUUCGAUGUUUACAUGAAGGAAUCGAGAACAUGAUUCAGAUGCCUUCGAUCCAACAAGCCCUUGCCGCAGAAGACAAUGAAAAAUGGACUAACGAGCUGCUCGAAGAAUCUCUUCAACUCAUGGAUCUCUGUGGCUUCGCCAGAGAUGUUCUGAGUUUAUCCAAGGGAUCCAUUCAAGAACUUCAGUCCACAAUAAGGCGGAGCAGAGGCGAAACAAUAGAUGCAACAAAUACAUACAUGGCUUCAAAAAAGAAGAUCGGUAAAAUGGUCAAGAAAUCGAUCAAGAACUUCAAGAGCUUCAACAGAAUCAGUGCGCCAAUCGUUGGCGAGGACUCCGAUCUCGAUCUCAAGGCUGUUUUUGAUACACUUAAAGAAGCUGCAGCUUUCGAUUUCACCGUCCUAAAGUCUGUUCUGAUGUUUUUGUGCGGCGAUGAGGGAAGAUCGAAGAAAAGAAGCUGGUCAUUAGUUUCUGCAAUUUUCUCUCAACCCACGAAAACAACAGUAGACGCAGAUGCGCAGAACUUCUUGAAGCAGAUGAAAUCAUCUGAAGUGACUAUUCAAGAACUUGAAGAUGAACUAGAAGCCUUCUACAGGACUUUAGUGAAAGCUAGAGUCUUUCUCCUCAAUGCCCUCACCCAUUGAAUCACAACCAUAUGCUUCUG